AUGGGCAACUCGGCUUCCAAGGCGGCCAAGCAGCUGACCAAGACAGCGACAGCUCAAUCGCCGUUAUCCUCGACGGGUGCCGCUCCCACUCGAUCCUCUCCAUCGUCAUCGUCAACGUUCACCCCACCGUCGUCAUCCAGAUCAUCCAGAUCAUCCGGGCCGUUGGCGAGCGAGACCAAAAGCGAUGGUCGGUUCUCAUGCUCUGAAUAUGAAACAGGAAGCAAUCAAGCUGACCUGCCGUUCCGUACUGCAGCGAUCGUACACGAUUCGCAAGACCCCAACUUUAUGCGCAAGCUCGAACAGCUCGGACAAGUCAAAGUCCCGAGCGCCGGAUUCGCGUUCCGAGCAGUAAGGCUUUUUCUUCGAGCACGAUCAGAAGCGAUUUAUCAAUCUUGAUCGCCACAUUGGAUUGUCACCUCUUUACUCCCCCACAGGACAACCAGAUGCUCGACAUUCUCAAGCAGCGCAAGGAACAGGAACUGCAGAGCGAAUCGUUGACCCCGAUCCGGAAUCGCAUCGGCGCUCGGUCGCUGUCGAAUCUGCUCGAUGAUUGCAAGCAAGCCGCAUCAAAGCAGGAGAUGCAAGAACUGUGCGAACUCUACCAAAUCGACUACGGAGUGAGUGCCUUGGUGGGUUUUGUGUUCCAACCGAGCGGGACUCUGACGAGCACGAGAUUCGAUCGGCGCAGAUUCUGACCGAGCUGAAUCGGCACAUUACGUCGCCGUCGACUUCGACCAUACCCUUACCUGAACGCACCGUCGAAGAGGACGAUGGAGAGACACUGCUGGUGCGUACUUGGCGAGGAGUUGAAGAUCCAAGUCCGUGAACUGAUAUGGCUUUUUUGUGUGGGGCGACAGGCAAUUUGGGUCGAUGCUGGUGGGGACCCUCAAAAGGCGGCCGCCCCCAAAAAGUUGGCGGCUUAA